AACAAAACACUCCAUCAAAGCUAAAAAUCAAUCUCCAUUAUUGCAAUUUUAGUGAGAGAAACUUAGCAUUAGAGAGAGAAAGUAACGAAAAGUUAACGAAAAAAAAAACCUCAGAAUAAUGGUGGCGGAGAGUUGGAGCACGACGGCGAAACGCUGCGACGCCUGCAAAGCGACGCCGUCCACGGUGUUCUGCAAGGCGGACAUGGCUUUUCUCUGCUUAACUUGUGACUCCAAAAUCCACGCUGCAAACAAACUCGCGUCGAGGCACGCGCGCGUCUGGGUCUGCGAAGUGUGCGAGCACGCGCCGGCGAGCGUCACGUGUAAAGCCGACGCCGCCGCACUCUGCAUCACCUGCGACCAAGACAUCCACUCCGCCAAUCCCUUAGCUCGCCGGCACGAACGGAUUCCCGUAGUUCCAUUCUACGACUCCGCCUCCGCCAGCUCUUCUCGUGGUGCUGCUGCGGAUGGAAAUGAUGAUCCGCAGCAGCAUGACGAUGAGACGGAAGAAGAAGAAGCGGAGGCGGAGUCGUGGCUACUUCAAGCGCCGAGCACUAAUAAUACUCAAGGAAUUGAGUAUAAAUCUGUGGAGUAUUUGUUCAGCGAUGUGGAUCCGUACGUGGAAAUGGAUAUAAUUGCAGAUCAGAAACCUAGUAAUGAUAUAGCUCAGCUUCAUAAUCAAGAGGAGUAUAAAGAAGAUUGUGUUGUACCUCAUGUACAAAACAACAAGAAUGACAUCCAAUUACAAGGCCCAGUUGUUGAUGGAUACCCAACUUAUGAAAUUGAUUUUUCUGGUGGAUCUAAACCUUUCAUGUACAACUUCACUACUCAAUCCAUUAGCCAAAGUGUCUCUUCAUCAUCAAUGGAAGUUGGAGUUGUGCCUGAUCAUAACACAAUGACAGAUGUAUCAAACACAUUUGUUAGAAACUCCGCCAUUGACGGACUACCUAACCCAGUUUCGAGUUUAGACAGAAAAGCAAGAGUAUUAAGGUAUAGAGAGAAGAGAAAGAAUAGAAAAUUCGAGAAGACUAUACGAUAUGCUUCUAGAAAGGCCUAUGCUGAGACUCGACCUCGAAUCAAAGGGAGAUUUGCGAAGCGUACGGAGAACGACGUCGGAGACUCACUCGUUGCCUCCGACGCUUCGUACGGCGUCGUUCCAUCGUUUUGAUAAUCGUAAAGUAGUAUUUUUUUUUGUUGUUGUUGUUGAUGGUAAUUUAGGAGUAGCUAGUAAUAUGUUAUGUGUACAUAUUUCUUUUUUUAUUUGGUAGAAUUUUCAUUUCUACUUUUGUUUGUUUAGUAAUGUAAUGAGCUUUUCUUAUUAUCUAAAGAAAAUUAGCUCCAUGGAAACUGAUUAAUUAUGGUAUUAAAAAGCUCUCAUGUUGCUUCAA